AUGGCACAACUCAUUCGUGACUCGUUUUUCGGUCGAUUCCUGCGAUAUGCAUCACGUGGAAAGUGGUUACCCUUUGAGGAGGAAAAGAAUCCCUUGCUGUUGAAACAGUUCUCCAUUAAGACUCUGCCCGAAAAGUCAUCUCAACUUGCCAACAACGAGACUAAGGCUGAAGAAGGAGACGAUAUCCAGCUCGUCGGAUGGUAUUGUCCUGAUGACUCUGAGAACCCCCUCAAUUGGGCCAACUCCACCAAAAUCGCAGUUACUUUCCAAUUGUGUUUCUUGACCUUUGCCGUUUACGUUGGUUCUUCAAUUUAUACCGCAGGCAUUGUUGGCGUCAUGAAGGAGUUUAAAAUAGGAAUGGUUGUCGCGCUCACUGGUCUCACUGUGUUCGUACUGGGAUGUGGAUUAGGGCCUAUGACUUUAGCUCCGUUAAGUGAGGUCCCUUCGAUUGGCCGAAACUCGGUUUACAUCUUCUCGCUGGCGCUGUUCGUCAUCCUUCAAAUCCCGACCGCUUUGUCAACACAUAUCGGCAUGCUUAUCAUCUUUCGGUUCAUUACCGGGGUCCUGGGAUCUCCGGUUCUUGCUACCGGUGGUGCUUCCAUUGCAGAGAUGUACCCACCGCAGAAAAGGGCUCUAGCAAUUGGGAUCUGGGGCCUUGCAGCUCUCGGCGGUCCCGUGCUUGGCCCACCUAUCGGUGGUUUUGCUGCUCAGGCAUAUGGUUGGCGAUGGACUCUCUGGGCCUUAAUGAUUAUUGCUGGCUUUGCUUUGAUCAUGCUGGUGUUGUUCCUUCCCGAGACAUCUUCGAAAAACAUCCUCUAUCGCCGUGCGCAGCGCUUGAGAAAAAUGACGAACAACGACAAACUCAAGACUCAGGCUGAGAUUGCUUUCCAACACGUUACUGUUGGCAAGAUCGCUCAGAUAACAGUCAUUCAACCCUGGAUCCUAACAUUUCAAGAGCCGCUUGUGUUCUUGCUCCACAUGUGGGUAGCUUUGAUUUUUGGCCUUCUGUUCAUCUGGUUUGAGUCAUUCCCACUCGUGUUCGAGGGUAUCUAUGGCUUCAACCUCGGGCAGACCGGUCUUGCAUUUAUGGGACUUCUUGUUGGCGCUCUCUGCGCCGUACCACCGUUCGUAUGGUACGAUCGAGCCUUCCAACAGAAACAAUUCAAUGAACAUGGACAGAUCAUCAAGCCUGAAAUGAGGCUUCCACCCGCCAUGGUUGGAGCCUUCUGUUUGCCCAUUUGUUUGUUCUGGUUUGGUUGGAGCACCCGGCCAGAUAUUCAUUGGAUAAUGCCACUGGUCGGAACUGGUUUCUUCAGCAUUGGCGCACUCCUCGUUCUCAACGCGGUAUUGACCUACCUUCCCGACGCUUAUCCAAGCGAAAUGGCUUCAGUGAUGGCAGGCAAUGCCUUUAUUCGAUUCUCCUCUGGUGCGGCAUGUCCAUUGUUCGCUCCGGCAAUGUACCAUAAUCUAGGGAUUGAAUGGGCCAGCAGUCUGUUAGCCUUCCUUGGAGUUUUGUUCGUGCCGAUUCCUUUUGCAUUUUACAUUUAUGGCGAGAAGCUCCGACAGAUGAGCAAGCGAGCACGAAAACACUAG